AUGGAUGAGAAGACCAAUCCUCGGCCGGCCGAUGCUGAUGCCGCCUAUGACUUUUUGCACCAGCAAGACAUUGACUUAAGCUCGGUCGAUGAAAAAGCUCUACUGCGGAAAAUCGACUGGAUGAUCGUUCCUCUGAUGUGGGCAUGCUAUAACCUUCAAUAUGUGGACAAAGUUCUCAUCAAUUUCGCAUCCAUCAUGGGGCUACUAGAGGAUGCCCACUUGGAUACAAACCAGUAUUCAUACCUCGGGCUAGCCUUUUAUGUUUCCUAUCUCUUUUUCGAGCUUCCCACUGGAUAUCUUAUGCAGAGGUUCCCGACAGCAAAGUAUCUUGGGGCGAAUCGCAAGUUUAUCUUAUGGGGAACCGUGGUAACUCUCAAUUGUGCUGCCAAAAAUUUUGCUGGCCUUCUAGUACUCCGACUUCUACUGGGCUGCUUUGAAGCUUCUGUUGCCCCAAGCUUAAUCCUAAUCACGGGCAUGUGGUAUAAGAAAAAGGAGCAGCCGGCACGUAUGGGAUUCUGGUAUUCUGGAACCGGAACUGCCACUAUAAUUGGAGCCCUCAGUGCCUAUGGCCUUUUAUUUUAUACUGGUGAAAGAUUCAGGCCAUGGCAGGUCAUGUUCCUUAUCUUUGGCCUCAUCACAAUAUUCACUGGCAUUCUUGUCGUCCUCUUCCUCCCGGAUAACCCUAUGACGGCCCGGCUAACCCAAGCGGAGAAAGUAUUUGCAAUUGAACGCCUUCGAGAAAACCAAACAGGCAUUGAAAAUAAACAUUUCAAAUUCAACCAAUUUAAAGAAGUGUUUCAGGAUCCACAAACCUACCUUUUGACCCUCAUCACCACUGCCGGCCUUGUCCCUAAUGCUGCCAUUUCUCAAUUCCAGUCGCUCAUCAUCAAGGCCAUUGGAGAUACCCCAAAUAAAACUCAACUGCUUUCUAUCCCUAUCAGAAUUGUCAACAUGAUUGGGCUAUUGCUGCGGCUUUACUUGCUGCGAGGAUCGGCGACCAAAAAAGUUUCAUCAAGCAAUAAUGAUAACUAG